AUGUCUCUUUUCACCUGGUGCGCCCGACGGUCGGGCGGCCUCGCCAUGAUCUGGCUUGGCAUCCUCAGCUAUUGGGUUAUAUCACGAGAGUCGGCGGCUUCACGAUAUGGCUACCAGGCCCAGCCAGACGACAGCUUAAGUGCUCCACGCUACUCGCCCAACGGCGCCGGCAUCUGGACCGUCAUCUUCUCAUGGUACUGCCUUUUAAUUCACGUCAUGGUCUUCACAUUCCCCCUACGCGCCUGCUGGGCCAUCUGGGACCUCACUACUUCGCUCCGCAAGUCUGCUCGCAACAGGCCACUCAAGGACUACAAGCUUGGCCACCGCCGCCGGAGUUCAUCCACGUCUCUGUCCAGUUCCGUGACGCUCACCUCGUCCCGCGCUUCGUCGAGCGCCAACAGCGAUGCUGGCGAUGCUGAUACCGAAUUCACUACCGACUCCGAAGCGGACCAAGGCCGUGUUAUCCACGCGAUUAUCAUUCCCAACUACAAGGAAGAAAUGGACACGCUUCGCGAAACUCUCGAUGUUCUAGCAUCACACCCGAUGGCCCGCAGCAGCUACGAUGUGUAUCUUGCCAUGGAGCAGCGUGAGAGCAAUGCUGACGUCAAGGCCAUGUCCCUCAUCGCCGAGUUUGUUAAGAAGUUUCGCAGCAUUGACUUCACACUGCACCCUGCUGAUCUACCCAAUGACUGUCCUGGCAAGGGAAGCAAUGUCGACUGGGCAGCACGCAAGCUGAGCGAGAAAUAUCUGGUCGCUUGCCGCAAGGACGUCAUAGUCACCGGCAUUGAUGCUGACAGUCACUUGUCGUCCAAUUUCUUUGCUCUGGUCACCAAGAUGCACCUGACUUUUCCGGAAACGGCUACCACGACCCUCUAUGCUGCUCCUAUCAUCUUCGACCGCAAUGCUCACAGCGUCCCUGCCAUUGUCCGUGUCGCCGACAUUCUGUGGUGUGCCGCUGGUCUUUCGGGCCUGUACCGCGGAUCGACCAUUUCCCCUCCCACAUCCGUCUAUUCGCUCCCUCUUCAGCUUGUUGACCGUGUUGGUGGCUGGGACUGUGACUCCGAAGCGAUUGGCGAAGACCUGCACAUGUACCUCAAGUGUUUCUUUGCUUUGAACGGCAAUCUGACCGUGCGGACUGUUCUUAGCCCUAUCAGCCAGACGAACGUCACGGCCGGUGGCUAUGGAAAGGGUGUGGGCGGUCUUGUCUCGGACAUGCGUGCUCGCUAUAAGCAAGCUUUGCGCCACAUGUGGGGUGCGCUCGAUACCGGCUUCGCCCUCCGCAAGAUGGCCGAGCUCUGGCGGAAUCGCAAGCAGACGUCGCGCACUUUCCGCCCCCUACAUGCCUCUUUGAACGCCUUGACCGACAACUACGUUCCUGAUGUGCAACUCGAUACCUUUACCGACAGCGUCAGCUCAGACCAGGCUGUUGACAACGGAUUCUUCUCUGAUAUUACAUGCGAAACCAUCAAGGGACCCAACUAUUUCCGCCUGAUAGUUCUGUUCCACCGACUCUUUGAAGCCCACUUUCUUCCUGUUCAGAUGACCAUUCUUGUUAUUGCAUCGACUCUGUACAUGUGGGUGACCGAUGGUGCCGACGACAUCCACCGCGUCAACUGGAUCUUUGAGAUUUGCACGUACCUUCGUACGCUCGGCUUCAUGGAGAUUGCGUUCUACCUCUUCAUGUACGAAAACUUCCAUAAGAUUGCUGUCGCCACUCGCGAAAAGGAGAUGAUUGAUGCCGGUCUCGCUAAGGGCAUGAACUUUUCGUAUCGCACCCUGAGAAAGAACUUUAUCGACUACGUUAUGGUCCCGUUUGUCGCUCCCAUAUACGGCGCGAUCCCUUGUGCCCAGGCGCAAAUAUGCCAUUUCUGGACUGUGGAUUUGGUAUACACCGUCAGCAAAAAGGUCACCCGUCAACGGGCAAAGUCGGCAUCCCCCGAAGCCAUGGCAUAA